ACUCAACCCUAAUUAAGCCCCCCAAUUCUUGAUUCUUCUAUUCCGCACAAUUGUGCUUGUAUAAGCUUGUAACCUGAAUCCAGCGUAUUUCCUGAACCCUGUCUAGUGAAUUCAGUGAGUGAACUAGAGCCCAGUUAACAAAAUGCCACUUCAAGGACUGCAGCACGACAUUUACAACGGUGAGACAUAAAUGUACCAAGCAUUACAAGGAACAACAUGAGCAGGCGAGAAGAAAGGACAUAUAUAUCAACAGAGAGCCUUACACAUAUGCGCUGGAGACACAGCAUUGCAGUCUGCACAAGUCUGAAUCUUCUGUGCUUGUGCAGUAUUUUUUGCACAUGUUCUCUGGAUACAGUUGCAGCAGUGUUAAGGAUUCUGCAGGCAUUUCAAUAUCUUAAGACAGAACAGCUGCAGGAUGUCAAGGACAAGGAUGUGGCUCUGCCACUGAAGAAGCCUAGCAGCAACCGGAGCUUGACUGGUUCGAGAAAUUUGGCGCCAGUCCACGUCGAGUUGGCUACAUCAUAACACGGCACCGCAAAGAUGUUCAGUUGACUGUUGCAGGUGUAAUAUGUCAGGUUCUUGGUAAGGGUGACCAGUGAAGAG